AUGGACAGCGCCCGCGAAGCGACUCAGGGCCGCUUGGACGCCGCGGGCUUCUGGCAGGUCUGGCAGCGCUUUGACGCGGAUGAAAAAGGUUACAUAGAAGAGAAGGAGCUCGAUGCUUUCUUUCAUCACGUGUUGACGACACUGGGUACUGAGGAGGCAGGCAUGGAAGAAAAUGUGCGGAGAAUGAAACAGCAAUUUAUGGCUCCCCAGGAUGUCUCUAGAGAUGGCCGCGUGCAGAUGAAAGAGCUUGCCAACAUGUUCUUGUCUGAGGAUGAAAACUUCCUUCUGUUCUUCCGUCAGGAAACCCCCUUGGACAGCAGUGUGGAGUUUAUGCAGAUUUGGCGCAAAUACGAUGCAGACAGCAGUGGCUUUGUAUCAGCUGCUGAGCUGCGGAACUUCCUCCGAGACCUCUUCCUCCACCACGAAAAGGCCAUUUCUGAGGCUAAGCUGGAAGAAUAUACUGGCACCAUGAUGAAGAUCUUUGACAAAAAUAAGGAUGGCCGUUUGGAUCUUAAUGACUUGGCAAGGAUUUUGGCUCUUCAGGAAAACUUCCUUCUCCAAUUUAAAAUGGAUGCUUGUUCCACUGAAGAAAGAAAGAGGGACUUUGAGAAAAUCUUUGCCCACUAUGAUGUUAGUAGAACAGGAGCUCUGGAAGGCCCGGAAGUGGACGGGUUUGUCAAGGACAUGAUGGAGCUUGUCCAGCCCAGCAUCAGCGGAGUGGACCUUGAUAAGUUCCGGGAGAUUCUUUUGCGCCACUGUGAUGUGAACAAGGAUGGAAAAAUUCAGAAGUCCGAGCUGGCUUUGUGUCUUGGGCUGAAAAUCAAUCCCUAAUCCCCAGAACGCUUUGCCUUUUGCUGUUUGGAUGUUUCUGUGCUCCAGCUGCUUAAGCUCCCUGUGCUUUGCUGUUGGGACACAUGGGCAGACUUCCUAACCACCCGGGCGGUAUCCUUGGGCUGGGGGCGGGGGUGGGGGGCGAGGGCUUUCUUGCUAAGGGCAUGGUGUUCUCCCGCCUCGCUGAAAGCAUCCCCCCACCCCCAUGCAGUACCUGUGUUAUCCAUCCUCCCCCCAUCCUGGGCUUUCCCGUCCCCCCCACAGAACCAGCGAGCCCGCUGGAUCUGCUCUGCUUGCCCUCCUGCAGUCACCAGGGAGGCAGGGAGCGGAGUCCAUCUGUCUGUG